UGUAUUCAUGUAUUCGCCGAUUGUUUGCUUACCUGUAUUUUUAAUAUUUAACAAUAAUUAAUAAAUAACUGGCAUAAUAGUAAAUAUUUAUAUUUUGUAAAAAAAAUAGUACUUGAAUACACUCACCGGCUCGUCCAUCCUUCAAGUGAGGAGCUCCUGUUUUCUGGUGGAAUGGACCCAAUGGAAAUUUCCGAAGACGUUGAAAUUCCUGAACCUGAUGAUGAAGACUCAGAAUCAGAUGGCGAGUUUGCCUUUGAAACUGACCAUUUGGCACUACGUGGUAAUAAGGAUUACUGCAACCUCCUCAAGUAUAUAGUAAAACUAGAAGCUCAGAAAGUAAAGGCCCUGCAAGAUAUUGAAGAUUUGGCAGAAGCUCGAAACAAAGCUUUAGACGAUCCUAUUGCGUUUGUUCACAAUCUUAAAUCAAGUAAUAUUAAUUUUCCACCAAGACAAACUAUAGCUGACAUACCAAAUGUAAAUUGGAGUCAAUAUGGAAUUGAUGCAUCAUUGUUUGACAGUGAUGGUGUGGUAGAGAAGCCUAAUAAUGAAGAUCUCGAUAAUAUUAAAGUAAGAGGCAGAAAGUUCACAGAUCAGAAACCAGAGACAUUUAAUCAGUUGUGGUCAUGUGAAGAACAAAAACGUUUGGAGGAACUACUUGAAAUAUAUCCUGAGGAGCCAAUAGAAGCACAUAGAUAUAAAAAGAUUGCUCGAGAUCUUGGCACAAGAACACCAAUACAAGUAAUGUGUAGAAUACAAAAAUAUUUUACAAAAUUAGUCAAAGCUGGAUUACCGGUGCCAGGAAGAGCACCUAAAGGUGUAGGUUCUAAAAAUAAAUCAAUACUGUAUAAGAAAUCAACAUUUUUCCCUCAGUUACAUGUGCCCGUCAAAAUGGAGGAUCCCCAUGACAUUAGCGACACAUAUGAGAAUAUGUCGACAUUGGAAAAUAAAGGCAAUAUUAAAUCUAAAAUUGAAUUGCUUAAAUCUGCAAGGGAGCAAAGGAUGUUGGAUGAGAUAUCUCCAGUUUUUCAGACGAAAGUCAUGUGUGUUGGAUGCCAAACUACAGGAUUCCUUGGUGCAAGAUGGACUGAUAACGCUGGGACAGAUUUUUGUACAGAUUGUGUAGUCCGGUUAUUACCAGCUGAGAGGUUAACACCCAUUCGACAACCUCCUAUGUAAAAAUGUUAAUUAUGCUUAUACUAAAAUAAAUGUACCUGACUUUACUAUUUUUA